AUGAGCCCAAAGGAAACUCAGCAGAAGCUCGGCCUCGACUUGAUUUGUUGCUACUAUGCGACCCCCGAAGAUAGUCAGAAUUGUCUUGCAGCGCUCACCAAGUACCUGGACCGCCAAAGACACGAAAAACUCCCCGAUUGGGAGCUUGUCACUUCUGCAUAUCGCGCAGAUGGACCAGGCCUGCCAGAGAACGCAGCGCGGAUCGUGAUGCUCGAAGUUGGAUUCAAGCACAAUUGGAUGACACUGGAGAAUUUGGGCUCUGCAAGAUGCACCUUUUUGGCCGCCGUUAAUGUCCUGAAGUGUAUGGUGAGCCAGACGUCCAUUGCGAGCGGUGGACUGCGCCUGGACAACAUGUUCGCCUUCAUCUGCAGCCCUUCUUGUGAGGUUGACAGCGGGACGAGCUGGGGAAUUGAUGGGACGUACUUUUACUGCUAUCCCCGCCAGCAGCCGGGUGCAAACGGCAGCGCGCAGAAAGACAUCCAGGAACUUCUUUUCAAGUAUACGGAGAAACUGGUGGCGGAUCCCUUGUGCUGGACGAAGGCUACCUCUUCAUCCAGUGCUCUGAAAGAGGCAUGCAAGUGGGUAGAGACCACCGAGAAUAAUACAGGGCUGCUGUGGAACGCCAUCUACUACACGUCGGUACUCGACCGCGAUCCCCUUCAGCUCGACAUUGACUUGGCUGUCUCCGCCAUUAAGGAAGCUGUACGGUGUUAUGAUAAGCUAUUGAACUUGUUCAAGGUGGCCAUCCAGCAGGGAGACGUGGUUGCCAGAGUCAGCCAAGCGGUAGAUCAGAGCGAGCUUUUGUCUGCUGCGGUACUGAUGAACGGCAAACGGGCCAAGGCGGACAUGAUGUCGAUGACGUCCGAUUCGGACGCGACUCUCUGCGACGAAAAGGGAACCGGCAAGAUAACAGUGAUCAAGGUCGAAGACGCGAGUAAGGCGUGGGACUGCACGGUCGAGAAACAACUGCCUCAAAAGAGGAAAUGGUGGAGAGCGAUGCUGAAUUUAAUCUGCAUCAAGGUCGGAUUCUCGGAAAGGGAGAGAAGGCCGGCCGAUACGGUGGCCACAAUGCAGCAACGAUCGUCCGAGGUCAAACGCGCACAUGCCAGACUGAGGGAGAGCGUUGAAGAAUUCGCGGCCCAGGUCGAACAGUUGCGGCUAUUAGCGAAGGGUUUCAUCCUCCUGGUCAACCUGCAGACCGAGUGGCCACAGGUAGAGGCGAUGGUAAAGAAGCCGGGUGUGAACAUGGCCGAGGUCAACAAGGUCACGACAGUCAAUGUCAUGAAGCUGUCUUGUUACAAUCAGCGGACGAAGACGCUCAGCAGGCGGGCAGAAAUGGUCAAGGAGGCCGACAAGGCAAUGAUGCGGGACGCCAUCAGCAUCGUGGAGCGCAACAAGAAGCUGGAAAAAGACUUGGAAGGCAUCUUCCAGGACAUUCGUCAAUACCAGGGUCGAUAG